AUGACCCCAAAGCGAAAACGGCCGGAAAGCGCGUCUGCUCAGGACAUAUUCGACAAGAUCUCUGGAAACCUAAUUCAGAUCAAAGACAACUUGGGACACCCCAACCUGGAUCCUUCAUCCACCAUCGAGAUGCUCGACCAGGUGGCAGCUCUAGCCGAAUCCUUUUCUCAAUCUUCUAAGACAAAGAAAAGCCUUCAGCCCUUGAUGGACACCCUGGACCGUGAAGGCGUGAACCUCUGGAAUCUCUCGACGUUUCUGAAAGAUGGAAGCGAGGUUUCUCCAGUAUAUGCCUCAUUAAGGUUCGCCGCAUUCUCUCUCAUCGAAGCCGGUACGGAGGCAAGACCCUCCACCGAAACGCUCGUCCACAUCCUACAAAUUGCGAGCAAGGCAGGUUCUGCAUUGGCAGGUUCGUUCAUUUGGCACUGGUCUAUGGCUCUUGCAUCGGGGGAUUUAGAUCUGUUACUUGUAGCAUGCGGGCGCGUGGAUACUUCUACCCAAGUGUUAUCUCGGGCUGCGAUCUAUGAAAAGUUGCUUCAAGAGAGCAUGUCUUCAAGCGAUAUCGCUCCAAGGGAUCAGGCUGCCGCAAUAGCCGCUUAUUAUAUUGGUCGAAUGGAAGCAGCCUGGAAGGAUGGAAAUCAAAACGUUUCCUACUUUAUGCUUCAGCAGGCUAUAGAUCAGCAACGGCUGGCGUUUUUAACUGUGACUGAACUUGAGGAUGUCGCUGUUCGAAUUUGGAACAUCGGGAGAUCGAUCUUGAAGGCAGCGACUGAUCAUGACGCGGGUGAUUGGGAGCAUUCGGAAGAAGUCAGGAAGCAGGCGCAACUUGCUGUGAAGUGGCUCAAGAUCGCAUUUCAAGUGGUCGAAACCAGGGCGAAACCAGAAUCUACAUCGAGCGCCCAGGAUGAUGAGCAACGUUUGGGGUCCCUCUCAGACGGUGAAGCCACAGUAGGCGCCCUUUCCAUGGGAUCAUAUAGUAAAAGUGUUUAUUCCCUCGCGCAGCGUGCUAUUCUAAGGAGUCUUUCCCGCGCAUAUUUCAUUUCAUCCGCGGACAGCAAUGACAACUUGUCUCGUGCGGAAGCUUCACUUUCCGAAGCUAUCGAGCGGCUCAACUUUCCUGGUGAGGAUCGAACCGAAUCGGGACCUCCGCCCAAGGAGGUGGUGAAGGAGCUCCGGCAACUUCAAUGGAUGAAAACUGCUAUCCUGAAACGCCGAAAUGCGAGCGACACAGAAUUCCGGGAAGUGUUGCAAGGGCUCCUGCACUCCAUCGAGUUCAGUGAGGAGUGCAUAAACGACUUCCUUCAAGAGAUAUCAGCGCUUGCAGAAGCUCGCCCCUCUCUUGUUGCAGAUGCAGCGCGGAAGCUCAUCAAUCAUGCCUUGCGUGACGUCAAUGGACAUUCUUUCAUUGAUAAAAUCCUCCUUUUUUUGAUAUUUCAUCUCAAGGCCGAUGCGAAUCAAGAGCGAGCCACGUUGGAGAUUCGGUCGGCCUGUGAUGACAUAGCUGGCCGGCCUGACUUCCAGUUCGGAAAAGUGCCUGCACGAGCGUGUCAAAGUGUACUUUGGGCUAUGGGCGAUAAACUAUACAACUCGAACAAAUGGUCACGAGCAGUACGCUGGUACAGUCUAAGCUCUCACGAAAUAUUUGCUCGUGCCGUGGCUCCUGUGACCGUCUCCAAAUGCCUUAGGAAGACUGCGCUAUGCCACAUUCAGCUGGGAGAGUAUUCCCAGGCGGCGGACUGCCUUCGAAGAUGUCAAGCUGAUGGUACCACAAAUGAGGCUGCCACACAUUACGUCUCCUUUUUGGCGGCGAUACAUCAGGGCCUAGAAGAUGAAGCUGCCGAAGCAAUCACGAGGCUCGUUAAUGCCCCUGAUUUCAAUCGCUCCAUGCUGCUCCUUGCGACCCAGCUUGCCCAUGAAAAGCAACUACGUAGACUCCUGUUAUCCUUGUUGCAUUCUUUGUUGGAAACAUUAGAUAGCGCACCUGUUGCAAACGGAGGAUCCGAGGGAAUUGUGUUGUCACGGUGCAUCAUCCGACUCACUAUUGAUUUGCUAAAGGAGCCGGCAGCGGAGAUUCCUGUUUUGGUAGACACUUUGAUGAAGCAGUUACGCAAAGCGAAAACUUUAGUCCUGGCUGCAAUUUCUAAAAAGGAUGAGGCGAUGAUUGUCAAGGAUCUAUCGUGGUUAUGGCGCACUGCAUACAAUUGUGCCAUCGACGUGUCAACAGAAUGGAGCAGCGAGAUUGUUGCCCAGUUAUUCGACAUAUCGAGGGAGUUUCUAGAAUUGUUCCGUAACGUGUCCAUGGAUGCCAAUGAUCCCGUGGUACACGCUCAUAUUGUUUUCGCUUCAUUCUCUUCCAUCUCGGCAAGAGUGUUUGCUGCUCGACAAAUGAAUCCUCCCCCAAAAGAGCGUUUGACCAUUACUAAGGACGUCAAAACUCUGCUAAGCUUGGUUCAGCAACACAAAGCUCUCAUCAGUGGUGAAGUCGGGGAGGAACGCCUUCGUCAUAUCGUUCAUUUUGUGUAUCUUUUUCAGUUGGAACAAUUGGUGAAACUUGCAGAUUGGGAAGGUGUCCUCCUUGUCAUCAAAGACGCUUCCGCCUCCAGCCUUUCACUGAAUUUGGAUACAUAUGAAGCCAUUGCAGAUAUCCUGGUGCGUGUCUGUCCAAGCUACCAUGAGAGCCAAUCAAGUACAUUUCUUCAACAACGUCAGUGGGUGGAAAAAGAGUGCCCCAGCGAUGUUCUUUACCUCGCACUUGAGGUCAUCCUGCACGCCUGCCUUGAUUCCAAUGCUUUCAUAACCGAGAAAUUUUCGCGUUGGUUGAGAGCCAUUUGCACUAUCCUCCUCGCCAGAAAUGGAGCUGCAGACCGACAGAAAGCUUUAGGUUUCAUCGAACAGGCAGUGGAAGUUAUCCGAGAUGCUGUUGAGAGUUCCGAAAAUGGCGAAGUACUCAUAAUUCCUGGUUUGUCGAUUGCAUUUCACAGGCUAUUCCAGGAGUAUCCAAUGGAUGAAAGGCAAUGGGCAUUUACUAUAUCGUACAAUGCUGGAGUCGAAUGCCUUGGCGCAAACAUGCUUGAUGAAGGGAAGCGUUGGUUUGAGUGCGCAUCCAUGCUCAGUACUUUCAUAAAUAGCCCUGGAAUGGCAGAAAAGGUCAGCGCUACUUACGAGAAUCUACUAAACCGCUAUCCCCCAGCCUAA